AUGCCGAGCUGGCAGCAAAACCUGCGUGCGUGGCUCGCCAUCCUGGUGCUGCAGUCGCUGGGCAGCGUCUGGAUGUGCUACACGGCGCAGAAGGGCUCCACUCACUACAACAAUCCUUCGCCGGCGCUGUCCCGAGCCCACGCGCUCUCCGUCGCCAUGCUCGCCCUCUCGCGGUUCUUCUUUCCACGGUUCCCUUGACAGAAGUCGUUCUUCCAGACUCGCCGUCAUUUUCUCCUUCGAGUCCCAAGUCCUGCACAUUGUUCACAUCGGAAUGUGUGUCAUGACGACGUUCCACACGAUGGCCGAAGUCUUCGUCUUCGAGUCGAUGAAGUAUGGCGUCGCCAACGCCACGGAGGUCAUGCUCAACGGUACAUAGCUCCUUUGGGUGAUUUGACAGAACCCGUUUACAAAUGGACAGAACUUGUAGUCUCUCGAAAACUAGGAAAGCUUUUGGUUGACCUUCAAAAUCGUGUAAAUCAGACAAUAUGUUUUUUUUUUUUGGACUUUUCAUUAAACACCAACUAGGGAACCUAUGAAAUAUUAAGGAAUUUAUUUUUUUCCAAAGUGCGUGCUCGAUCAAAGCAAUCUCGAACUAUGAAAAGCACAUCGUUAGCACUUUUUUUCCGAUUUAAUAAAAAAAUUUUUAAUUUCGUUGAAAAAAAGUUUGAUCUUUCAGGCCUGACCUCGGCGAUAAUGUGUGUGGCGCUGAACAGUUUGAUUGAGCGCGAGGAAAAGAAAGAACGACGUCGCGGUCGAGUCACCGCCUCUCACUACAUGGAAGGGGAGAUUCUGAAGCCCGACGAGGACAGCGAGGUCGUCCGCAAGUUCAAAAAACGCCAAUGA